AUGGGAGGCCUCUGGCCUUGGGUGCUGGGUCUGGUCUCUUUGCCAGGUUUGAUCCUAGGAGCACCCUCAGCCUCCAGCUGCUCAGAAGCCUGUGGAACCAGCUUCUCGGAGGGCCUCAACCCCGAGGGGACCCAGACAUCCUGGGACAAGGACAUCCCUGCGAUUAACCAAGGGCUCAUCCCAGAGGAAACCCCAGAGAGCAGCUUCCUCCUCGAGGGGGACAUCCUCCGGCCGAGUCCCUUGCGGCUGUUCUCAACUACCAGCAACAAGUGGCCCAAGAAUGGGGAGGUCGUGGAGGUCCCCUUCCUGAUCUCCAGCAGAUACGAUAAAGCCAGCCGCGACAUCUUCCUAAAGGCAUUUGCUGAGUUUGAACGCUUCACAUGCGUCAGGUUUGUUGCCUACCAGGGCCAAAGAGACUUCAUUUCCAUCGUCCCCAUGUCUGGGUGUUUCUCCAGCGUGGGACGCAGCGGAGGGAUGCAGGUGGUAUCCCUGGCACCUACGUGUCUCCAGAAGGGCCCAGGCAUUGUCCUGCAUGAGCUCAUGCACGUACUAGGCUUCUGGCAUGAGCACUCACGGGCUGACCGGGACCACUAUAUCCGUGUCAACUGGAAUGAGAUCCUUCCAGGCUUUGAAAUCAACUUCAUCAAAUCUCGGAGCAGCAACAUGCUGGUGCCCUAUGACUACUCAUCAGUGAUGCACUAUGGGAGGCUUGCCUUCAGCCGGCGUGGGCUGCCCACCAUCACACCGCUCUGGGCUCCCAGUGUCCACAUUGGCCAGCGAUGGAACCUGAGCACCUCGGACAUCAUACGGGUCCUCAGGCUUUAUGACUGCAGCCCAAGUGGCCAAAGUCCCCGUGGGAGAGGGUUCCAGCCCCACAGCGAUGGUAGGAGCCCUACUCCUGCUUCUAGACCAUACCUGCAGCAGCUUCUGAAGGCAUUGUCAGCAGAAUCUGGGCGCCCCGACCCCAGUGGCUCCAAGGCUAGAGCCCAGCGCAUUGUUGCAGGGCCUGGAGAGAGCCCACGUAGCUGGAAGCUCCCUGCGCUGAGAAAGUUGGGUGUGGGGGCCUCUGCAAGGCUGCUUCAGACCCCAGCUUCCUCCCUAAACUCCAGGCCUGGAGCAGACGUUCCUGGUUUGGCUCUAGAGAGGUCCUGGCUGGCCCAAGUGCCCUCUGUACCACUCACUGCUUCUCCAGAAGCAGAAGACCAGCCAGGACCCAUCCAGGAGGCUUUGGGGAGCAGCUCUCCCAGGAGUACAUGUACCUGAAAGUCCUUUCAGGGGGAUGUGCAGAAGUUGAGCCUGUGGCUUAUGUCCCCAAGUGCGAAGGCCAUCUCCGUCUAGAGUAGCCCCUAGCCCCCUCCGGGCAGUACCCUGUCUUCCAGCCCCAAUCUGGCUACCCUGUGUGAGGCCUGGGACUCUCCCUCUGCCCCUUUCUUCUCCAUGUGUUCUCCUAAGGGCUUCUAGGGACUAGGGGCUUCUAAGGGACUUCUAGGUUUAUCCGGGGAAGGUAGGCCAGUCAAGAGCUGCCUGGUUCUGCCUGCUUUCAACUUCUGCCCUAGUCCCGGAGGCUGCUGGGAAGGGGAGGUGACAUUCUCUAGGGCUCCAGGGCCAGGGGUCUGGAAAGGGGGGCAGAGGCAGGCUCCAGCCCUGAAGUCCCCUGGGAAUCAUUCUGUAGGUGAGUCACAGCCUUCCCAGCAUGCUAAGGUACUGCCUCUGUCUCUCCCUUGGGCCAGGACUUGCAGGGGAGCCCAUGGCUCGUGGGAGAAGUCUCCCAUCCCUGAUGUCUGGGUGCUAGGAGUGUUGUCCUGCGGCUGUAACCUGCAGCCCUAUUCCCCAGGAGGCUUUCAGCUUGCUCCCCUGCAGUGCAGGAAGGUUCUAGAGGCAGGGAUGCCACUCCAUGGGGCGACGAGGAAGGGUUGGAGGCACCCUCUAACACUGCACAAUGGGGAAACUCAGCAAGAAUGUGAGGCCCCUGAACAUAGGACUCAAAGCUCCUUCCCAGCCUGCUCUGCUUUCCAAGAACCCUUCCCUUCCACACAGGGACUUGGCCAGAGGAGGUCCUGGAAGGUGUGAAGGGGCUGUAGGGGAGGGGGCUGGUCACCCUGCUUAUCUUCCUUCAGCAAAGCCCUAUUCCUGGCUCCUGCUUCCUGUGUGAGGGCUGUUCCAGGAAUGAAUAAGGUCUCCACAUGGGCUGACAGGCCAGGAGCACCCCCCCCACCCCCAGAGCUGGAGUGGCACCAUACUUAUGAACUGUCAGAAGCCCCAGGAAGCCCUGCCUGGAGGGAAGUAGGGGCCUGUGCCCUGGCCCCGUGGGGCCAAGUUCCUCACAUGUUUUGGGGGAAGGCAAAAAUAAAAUUGGGUACUUGCUCCAGGAGCUAGGUACUGGGCUGUGCCUGAGUGCAUUUUAACCUUGCCGACUGACCUGGGAGGGGCCCUCAGG